AAGAGAAAAAGGUAGCUCAUCCAACGGAGUCAAUGGUGAGCAGAUAUUCGGGGUUGUUUAUAUUAUUAUUGUUUUUUUCCUUCUUUUCCUUGCUCAAAACACGAGAUGACAGUGUGGUCUUUUUUUUGGUUGGGCUUAAAAACCUCCUGGCGAAACAACAGUGCCACAACAGUGGUUUUCAAUCUUAGGUGUUGUUAAAUACCUUAGGAAUGCAUAUAUCUACCCCAACCCGUAGCAGCAGCAUCGCCUAGCCAGAUCGACCUGAUUUCUUACCUUAUUCUUAUUUUGAUAUCCUCGAUUUACACAUCCGAUCGAUUUACUAUAUACAGUUCUCAAAAUACAACCUUUACAUUCCUUAUCAUAUACAUCAUAACCCAUUCACUACAGUCUUUUUCACCAAUAAAUAACACUAUGAGCGUCUCACCAGUCACAGUAUCCCGGCCUCCACACUCGGGGCGAUGGCCUCGCACAGCAAGACUAGUCUGGCGAGAAAGGGAGGAAACCUCUGAUGAUGGCGAGGCAUUAUUAGUAUGGGACGAGGUCUGGACAAGACCAAGCCGCAAGUUCGGACGCUCCAAGGAAGGCCGGCUGCGGCAGGUAGCCGAGAUACCGGCGCUGGCGCCGCACUUCCCGCGCCUGCUCAAGGCGAACCGGAUAAACGGCGUGCUGACGCUGGCUCGUCCGGCAUACCGGCGACGGGCGCUGCUGUCGGAGCUCGACGCCGCGACGCUCCGCCGCCUCAAGGACGACCUCAAGACCGUCUUUAGCGCGCUCUACGACCACGCCAUCGCCUACGUCUUUACCCCCGACUGUUUCGAGGUCGUGUCUCGCUGUCGGCCGUGGGAGCGGAGGCCGUCGUCUUCGUCGUCGUCCUCGGCGGAGUCGACCUGGACCGAGGCGUCGGGCGAGACCGACGACGAGACAGCUGCUGCUGUUGCUGCUGCUGCGCCCGUGGCGGCGGCAGAGUGGUCGAUAUAUAUUGAUGGGUGGAAUCAUGCGACCCGGCACAAGGUGCGGGAUCCGGGGUCCAAGAAGACGGCGUAUUUUUCAGAAAGGGAGGCCGAGCAGCUGCAGCGGAUAGAUGAGUACUUUGCCCCAUUUGAGACCCGUGCAAAGACUAGUAUCUUUGCCUUGCUCAACCACGACUGAGGCUAUCACGAUGGUCCAUAGAGAAUGCUCGCACUUUCUUUGCUUUUAAGAGAUGCGAGCACCAUCAUGACUACUGUAGUCCCGACAUGGCUUUGCCAAGACGUGCAUAUUGGUCAACACUGGGCUUACCUAUAAGCAAGAGAUAUAUCAUGUCAUUUCUCUUUAAUCAGUGGAAGUGACAGGAUAAAAGUCAAGGACGCCUACCUACCGACCUCGGCAUACAUACUGAAAGAUGCCAGGGGUCCUUCAUGACGUCAGAUGGCAAGGGGGAUCGACCUGGGAUAUGAAGGACGCCAAACCCACGACAAAAAGUCAAACCACCAAGCCACGUCGACAUGAUCAUCAUCAAACAUCCCCAGCUCGCACUCUUGUCAAAAUUAAAAACCAAGCUUCGCCGAGAGGAAAUGUCGACCCCCAAGUCGUUUCCAAGGCUACUGGUUCUGUCACCGACGUACCCCGCAGAGGUCGUGUGGAGAUGCUGCAGCACAAUUUGCUGGAAGCGAUGCUUGGCUUGCUUGGCUCUCCCCGUUCCUCUGGGGAGUUGCACCUUUUUGAUUUGUUGACGUUUGUCCAAGUAGCGCCUAACCUUGCUCUGUACAAGCCCGGCUCUUGUCGGGUCUAGUUGCAGAUGCGUGGAGGUAGUCGUCGGUUGAUAUAACACCGACGGGUUACUUUGUAUGCGCCUUCGUGCAUCUUUUUCUUGACUCGCUUCUCGGGGGUCAGCUGUUGUUGUUGCCUUUUGCCAACCCUUUCACAAGCUCUCUUUCUCUCUCUCUCUCUCAGAGAGUCGGUGACAUCUCCUCAGUGUCAAAGACACACAGAAACAUCCGACCAUGGGUUCCACGGUCCUGGUGCUUGCCCUGGCGGCCCUUGCAGCUGCACAACGGCACGGCAAUACGGUCUCUAUCCCAACAGACCUUGCAACGCGCCCUCUGUAUCGCGAUGUUUACGGAUACUCGAUUGAGCCCGUUUGGGUAAACGAUUUUCUCAGCAACAACAUGACGUCGACUCUGCUGCGAUCCAUCACGCAGGUGGUCGGCAAGCCUCCGCCGAUUCGCAUCGGCGGUAACACGGCCGACAUGACAUCCUACGUCGACAGGCUCAACACCACCGCAGUGGCCAUACCCGGACCCAACGGAGCCAGGCAAUUCAACAUCAGCCGCGGCUGGAUCGAGGAGUGGGGCCGGUACUUUGAGGACGGGACCAACCUGACCUUCACGCUCAACAUGAACAACAACUCGAGCGAGUGGGCCACGGCCCGCGUCCAGGCCGAAGUCGCGUGGGGAGUGCUGGGCGACAAGCUGGCGCGCUUCGAGAUCGGCAACGAGGUUGACCACUACAUCGCCAAGGGGUGGCGCAACGACUCUUGGGGAGUCGACGCCUACGCGGAGCAGUUCCGACAGCUCACGGACCUGAUCCGAAACGACGGUUGGUACCGGGACGCCGGCGACAAGGCGCCCGCCUUCGCGGCAGGUUCCUUUGCCGACCCGCCCUGGGUGCCCGACCAGCACGACCAACUCGACGACAUGGACAUACUGAACCUGACGACCAAGGCCGGGCUGAAGAACGAAAAGGACGACGGCGGCGUCAACAUCGACAGCUUCGUGGUGCACAUGUACCCCGGUUCGACGUGCGACGCUGGCCGGUGGCGCCGCAUGCGGCUCGACCUCGUGUCGAAUCACUCGUCCAUCUGGCAAAACGUGUCUCAGUACGUGCCGCAGGUCGAGGCGGCCGAGCGCGACGGGCGCGCCUCGCUCGUCAUGGGCGAGACCAACUCCAUCUCGUGCGGCGGGCGCAGCGGCAUCAGCGACACGUUUGGCGGCGCGCUCUGGAACGUCGACUACACGCUGUCGCUGGCCGCCAUCGGCGUCGGGCACAGCUACUUCCACCUCGGCGGCCAGAACGAGUACAGCUCGUGGCAGCCCAAGGGUUACGAGUACAAGGGCGAGAACAUCACGGCUGGGAUAAGGCCGUCGUGGUACGCGCACUACUUCCUCGCCCACGUGGUCCGGCGCACUGGGGAUGGUGACGACGGAAGCAGCAACGGCGGCGACGAGGUGCCGUACGGGAUCGCGGCGCUGCCCGAGGCCAACUCGAGCGACUUUAGCGGGUUCGGGGUGUUUGAGGAUAAGGAGCUCAAAAAGCUGGUGUUCCUGGACAUGGGCGUCUGGAACGGCACCCAGGGCCUGAGCAACCCUUCGACCAUCUCGGCGGCCGACAACACGGACACGGCGUUCCACAGCCCGGGCGAUAGGCCCAGGAGCGAGAUGAGCGUGUCGACCCCUUGGUGCAAGAACGGCGAGGUCAAGGUCUUGAGGCUCACCGGGCCGGGCACCAACGCCAAGUCCGAGGUCAAUGUGUCGGGUGUCACUUUUGACGAGGACGGCAAGCGGUCGGGUCAGCCAGAUGAGGAGACGGUCAGGGUUGGAGAUGACGGAGAGGUCAAGUUCAACCUGAGCAUGGCAGAGGGCGUGCUGUUGGAGCUUGGGGACGGAUGUGGCGAUUCGGAAGCCGAGUCUGCGGCUGUCCGUGUUGGGACUGGGGCUGGGGGAAUAAUGACGUUGGUUGUGUCUAUAGCGUUUGGUGUUGGGAUUUUGAUGGGUUUAUAAGACGGAUGGCCUAAUUAAGCUGGGUUAUGUAGUCUUGACAUUGCACCAUCAUUUGGGUAAUUGCCCAAGCAGGCAAAGAAUAAUAGGAAAAUAUUAAAAAUAAAAAAAGACGAAAAUUGCCAUGUGUGAAACA